AGAGAGAGAGAGAGCCCUUCUUUUUCCUCUCUGGUUUUACUUUUUUCUGACUCAUCUUCUCUCUCUACUCUCUCUCUCUACACACAGAGUAGCAGCAAUGGCGUCCCUCUUCCGAGACCGAGCCCUCGGUCUCUCCAAGAGAGACUCUUUCUCAUUCUCUUCCUCAUCCUCCACCGCGGCGGCCGCCGCCGCCGCAUCUCCUUCUUCCGCUACCUCCCGCUUCAUGCCUGCCGCCAACUCCACCGCUUUAUCCCCACUCCCGUCCCCUUUCGGCGACCUCACCUCAACUCUCUCCGAUUCCGACAUUCGUUCUUCCGCCUACGAGAUCUUCCUCUCCGCCAACCGCUCCUCCGCCUCCAAACCCCUGACGUACAUUCCCAGCAGUAAUAGCAGUAAUUCACCCAGCAACAGUACCACCAACGGCAAUUCCACUGCUAAUCUGCAGAGGUCAUUGACCUCGGCGGCGGCAUCCAAGAUGAAGAAGGCCUUGGGGAUGAGAUCCAGCAGUUCCAAAAAGAGUUCCGAUUCGCAUAAUUCGACCCCUGGGGGGAAAUUGAAGAAGCCGGUGACUAUAGGAGAGCUCAUGAGAGUCCAGAUGAGGGUUUCUGAGGCCGCAGAUUCGAGGAUUCGCAGGGGUUUGCUGAGGAUUUCUGCUGGACAGGUUGGGAGAAGGACAGAGUUGACAGUUCUUCCACUCGAGCUAUUACAGCAAUUCAAAGCCUCGGAUUUCACUGAUCAACAAGAGUACGAAGCAUGGCAGAAGAGAAACCUCAGAAUGCUCGAGGCUGGUCUCCUUCUCCACCCUCACACGCCACUGGAAAAGGCUAAUACUGCCGCUCAGCGACUGCGCCAAAUUAUCCAUGCAGCAUUGGAUCGGCCAAUAGAAACUGGUAGAAACAACGAAUCCAUGCAAGUCCUUCGUACUACAGUAAUAGCACUUGCCAGCAGGACAGUCGACGGAGCUCCCUUUGAAUGCCACUGGGCAGAUGGUCUCCCCUUGAAUCUCCGUCUAUAUGAAACCCUUCUAGAAGCUUGCUUUGAUGUUAAUGACGAGACUGCUAUUGUAGAGGAAGUUGACGAGAUCAUGGAACUUGUAAAGAAAACAUGGGGAGUCCUCGGUCUGAAUCAAACACUACACAACCUAUGCUUUACGUGGGUUCUAUUCAACCGAUAUGUUGCUACUGGGCAAGUUGAAAACGAUCUAUUACGUGCUGCCGAUAGUCAACUCGCUGAAGUUGCCAAAGAUGCAAAAGUAACCAAAGAUUCGAUUUACUCCACGGUUUUGAGUUCUACACUAACUGCCAUGAUGGGUUGGGCCGAGAAAAGACUAUUGGCUUACCACGAAACAUUUGACAGUGGAAAUAUUGACUUGAUGGAAAGCAUUGUUUCUGUUGGGGUAUUAGCUGCUAAGAUCUUAGUUGAAGACAUAUCGAAUGAGUACCGUCGAAGAAGAAAAAACGAAGUUGAUGUGGCGCUUAGCAGGAUCGACACUUACAUUAGGUCAUCACUCCGCACUGCAUUUGCUCAGAGAAUGGAAAAGGCUGAUUCGAGCAGAAGAGCAUCGAGAAACCAGCCGAACCCUCUUCCUGUGCUUGCUAUCCUGGCUAAGGAUGUUGGUGAGCUGGCAAUAAAAGAGAAGGACACGUUUAGUCCUAUAUUGAAGAUAUGGCACCCCUUCGCUGCAGGAGUUGCUGUUGCCACUCUGCACGCUUGCUAUGGGAAUGAACUGAAGCAAUAUAUUUCAGGCAUUGCAGAAUUGACACCGGAUGCUGUGCAAAUAUUAAGAGCCGCUGAUAAAUUGGAAAAAGAUCUCGUUCAAAUUGCUGUUGAAGAUUCUGUGGAUAGUGAUGAUGGUGGGAAGGCCAUUAUACGUGAGAUGCCUCCUUAUGAAGCCGAAGGUGUGAUUGCUAAUAUGGUUAAAUUAUGGAUAAAGACAAGAAUAGACAGGCUGAAAGAAUGGGUUGACAGGAAUCUCCAGCAAGAGGUUUGGAAUCCACGAGCUAAUCAAGAGGGAUGUGCUCCUUCAGCUGUGGAGGUUUUACGAAUAGUUGACGAGACCUUGGAGGCAUUCUUUCUGCUGCCAAUACCAAUGCAUCCUGCGUUACUUCCCGAUUUAGUGACUGGCCUAGAUAAAUGUCUUCAAUACUAUGCAACUAAAGCAAAAUCUGGCUGUGGAUCAAGAAGCAUCUACAUUCCCACAAUGCCAGCAUUAACCAGAUGUACCACAGGAACAAAAUUUCAGUGGAAGAAGAAAGAGAAGGCAGUGGCCUCUCAGAAAAGGAACCCUCAGGUUGCUACAGUCAACGGAGAUAGCUCUAAUACGGUACCACAGCUAUGUGUACGCAUAAACACAUUGCAUAAAAUACGUAUGGAAUUAGAAGUUCUUGAAAAGAGAAUAAUCACCCUUCUGAGAAACUGCGAAUCAGCCCAUGUAGAAGACUUCUCAAAUGGGGUCGGUAAAACCUUCGAAAUCACUCCAGCCACUUGCAUCGAAGCUGUCCAACAGUUAUCCGAGGGUGUUGCAUACAAAAUCGUCUUCCAAGAUCUAAGCCACGUCUUGUGGGAUUAUCUCUACGUCGGCGAACUUUCUUCUUCAAGAAUCGAGCCUUUUCUCCAAGAACUCGAAAAGAAUCUCACGAUAGUCGCAGACACGGUCCACGAAAGAGUUCGCACACGUCUUAUAGCCGAUGUAAUGAGAGCUUCCUUCGACGGGUUUUUCCUGGUCUUGCUUGCAGGUGGGCCCACACGGGCCUUCUCCAAACAGGACUCAAGUAUGAUAGAGGAUGAUUUCAAGUCACUUAAGGAUCUUUUCUGGGCCAAUGGGGAUGGAUUGCCUGACGACGUAAUAGACAAGUUCUCGACCACUGCAAGAGAAGUACUUCCACUUCUUCGAAUGGAGAGUGAGGCACUAAUCGAGAGGUUUAGGCGGUUGACUUUGGAGACUUACGGUUCGUCUGCUAAGGCUCGACUUCCUCUGCCUCCAACAUCUGGGCAGUGGGACCCGAACGAACCGAACACGUUAUUGAGAGUUCUGUGUUACAGGAAUGAUGAAACUGCUACAAAGUUUCUUAAGAAGACUUAUAACUUGCCCAAGAAACUGUAGUUACUGAAAGGUGAUGCAGCCACUUUGGGGAGGCAUAGGUUUGCUCGAGUUGUUGUACAGUUGAGAGAUUUUUUUAAGGCUUAAUUUUCGAAAGGCUUUUUAUUUACGAGGAAGGUAUCGGUGUUAUUAUUUGUUCUAUUCAUCUAUAUAAUUUUAAUUUGAUUGAUAUAUUUCUAGUCUUAGUUUUUUUUUUGUUCAUAUUUAUUCUUUAUUGUGUUUUGAGUUUGUUUGUUAAUGUAGGGAGAUUGAUCUAUCAUGUAUGAACUUUGUUAUUUACAGCAAGUACCUUACAGUGUUACU